GCACUUGCUCUCGUAUUGCCAAUUCUUCAAUUAUUAUCCUUCCUGCAGCUUGUCAGCAUGCGAUGUCCUGGCCCUUUGCUCUCAACAAGUUUCUCUGGGUUUCAAUGCUGAGGUAUCUUAAGGCUGGCCUUCUGAAGCAGAGUAGCGGAACCUUUACCAAGACAACAGCUUGUGCAUUGACAUUCCGAUAGUUAUGUUCGGUUCUUCUCCUCGUGGUUUCCUAGUUCUCUUGCCGAUUCUUUUGCCCUCUGUGCUGGCACAGUUCAAUCUGAAAGAUAACUUCGUAGGGAAUGAAUUCUUUUCAGGUUUCAAGUGGGAGACUAUGGAUGACCCGACACAUGGACGUGUGAAUUAUGUGGACCAGCAGACUGCUAAGUCUAAGAACUUGUCAUAUGUGAAUGGAAAUACGUUCGUGAUGCGCGCGGACUCUACGACGAAGCUUACAGCAUCCACACCGCGCGGACGUGAUUCUAUUAGAAUUACGAGCCAAAACACGUACACGGAUUCUGUGAUCGUGCUUGAUGUCGCACAUAUGCCGGAGGGGUGUGCGACUUGGCCUGCAUUUUGGACGGUCACUGCAGGCAAGUGGCCUUACGGAGGGGAAAUAGAUAUCCUCGAGGGUGUAAAUACAGGUACACAGAACUUGGCAACCUUACACACGGGCCCAGGGUGUACGAUGCCAGGAAACAGGAAACAAACAGGGAAGCCAGCAAACCUAAACUGCGACGUAACCCAAGGAAGUAACCAAGGCUGCGGUAACACCUUCUCCAAGCCCAAUUCCUAUGGGAGCGCUCUAAAUAGCGUCAAGGGUGGGUGGUUCGUCCUCAAGCGUACAAACAAAGACGGGGCCGCGGUAUGGUUCUGGCCGCGCAACGACCCAAAGGUGCCAAAUGAAAUUAAGAGUGGUGCAAAGUCGGUGAACCCGGGUGAUAGUUGGGGAGAGCCUGAGGCGCUGUUCCCUACGGAUACGUGUAAUUGGCAGCAGCAUUUUGAUGCACAUAAUAUUGUUUUUGAUUUGACGUUUUGUGGAGACUGGGCUGGCAGUGAUUUUUCGUGUGGUGGUGGUGCUCAGUGCCCAGAUUACGUCAACAAUAAUCCUGACAAGUUUAAGGAUGCUUAUUGGGAAGUGAACGCUGUCCGAGUAUACACGCCUUGAACUCGAGUACAGGUCGAACAGCAUUUAAGUCUAACUGUGCCUUGUUACACCUUGUUUCAUAGAUUAUUGGAGUGUAGAUUUCUUUCGUUCUAGGAAUAGUCUGUUAU